CUUGCAUCGGGGACACGCCCGGGAGACGCGGCUGCGGGAACCACGCGCUGGAACCGGCAGCCACUGCGUGACAUCUGCAUGUCCCCGCCUCUUGUGGUGACGCCCUCCGCGGCGACCAGCCUUCCGCCGGUGUCGCCCACCCGGGAGGAGGUGACGACGCGGCGGCAGGCAGCAGAGUGACUCUGUUGUCCCGGGUCUGAAUCGCUGCCGCCUCCGCGGCCGCACCCGGGUAAUCCUCCGUCUGUUUCCAUUUCCCAGAAUGUACGGCGCGGAUAAUACGCCCGCGAGCUCGCCGGCUGGCCGAGGUUUCUGUGAGGGCUGAACGCGUGCCCAGCAGCCCAGAUCCUCCGGCCCGAACUGCAGCCGCGCGCGGGGGAGGGCAGCCGGCUUCACACCGGCAUCUUCUGAUGCCAAGGGAACCGCAUCCGUCGCCUUUACGAAUUUACGACUUUACGAAGAAAGUCCUUUCUUCUUUACGAAUAGAGGACGCAUUGCGUCUUCCUUUCUGCAUCACUGGCUAAUGGCUCCGGGUUCCGUUUAGCAUCAACCGUAUUUACUGUCACAGGCGUCAUUUGCUUUUUGCUCUUUGUAUUUUUCUUGGGAAAACCUUUGUUUAAUGUGUUUGGAGGACAGUGGGGUUUGUUGCUGCUGUUGAGCGGCCUAUAAUCUCAGCUACUUGAUUUUGUUACUGGUUUGUUUCAGUGGGGGGUGGGGGGUGCGGGGUGGUACCUCAGGGCUUUUUGUAUGCGAAACAAACCCUGCAGCACCGAGGCGAGUGCCCAGUACUCAAGCUACUUAAGAGGCACAGCCGAGAAUGACAAUUCCAAACUAACCUGGGGUACUUGGUGAGAACGGGAAAAGUUAAGACACACAGAUACGUAGAAAGCAAAGAAACCACAACGGAGAUGCGACUGGGAAGUUCAAAACGCGAACAUAAAGCAACCUGUCUACCUGUAGAAGGUUCGCCCCUGCCAGAGCGUGAGUUAAGUCAAAAGCUUCCAAUUCUACACACACUUUUAUUUGGAAGUAACAAUCCCCUCCUCUGUCAUCACUCACACUUUAGCCUGCUCACCUGGCCAACCGGGAGUCCUACACUUGACGCCCACCCAAGCUGACCAACUUCUUUCUACCUGGCCCCUGCGGAAAAGUGGUCACAUAGGCCACACGCCAGCCAACUUCUUUCUGCCUGGCUCCUGGGAAAAAGUGGUCACAUAAGCCACACGCCAACCAAACUUAAAAGGAGAAGAAAAGCCACCAAGCUGGAAAGCCUGCCUUUAACACCAAGUCACCAGGGGAAAGCGCGAACGCAGUCCCCCACUGCCACAAAUUAUGCAGUCGAGUUUCCCCGCAUUUGGGGAAAUCGCAGGGGUCAGCACACCCGGAGUGCAAUGGGUGAGCCUCAACCUGGGAAAACCACCUUCAUGAUCAUGGUACCUCCCCUGCCAGCCAAAACACAGCAAGAGGGCCCGCGGCUCACCACCUACUGGCGUGCUUCACCUGCUACACACCCCGAUCCUUGCCAGGGAACGCGCUUCCACAACGCACCGAGACCGUUCAUCUGCAUAACGCCGCCCGCUCCCCCGCCUUGCACCGCCCGCGCGCCGGCCGCCCUCCGCGCCAGCCGGGCUUCCCACCCCGGGCUCCUCAGGCUCGCGCUCGCCCCAGCCGCACCUACCGGGCUGUUUUCCUCCCCCACACCCGUCCGGCUUCCAGUCCUGGGCGUGCGUGCCCCGAGACCUUCUCUCCAGAGACAAGAGACAGCCCCCCUCCGCAGAAAUGGCUGUGAGGAGUUUUCGGUCGCCAGGCGAUCUCCCCCCCCCCCACCCCGGCCUCCCGCCACGCCGACCGACCUUCCGCGGCCGCCCCGCACCAUCCCCGUUUGUUGCGAGGAGGAGGGCGGCCGGGCCGUGCAAGCUGGACAGCUGCCGAAGAGCGGGACCCGCGGAGGCGCGCGGGGAGAGGAGCUGCUUUCCACCUUCAGGAUCCCAUGCCCCUAAGCCAGACAGUUCCAGACCCCGAGAUCCGCUCUGCAAUUCACGUUUGCUUGACCAAACCUUAAUUAAGAAACUUUCCCUGGAUUUCUCCAUAUACUGCCUUCUGAAAUCCAAUUUGAACGAAAGAACCCUGUUAGCCAAAACAAACCACCGCCACCCCUUCCUCUCCCUGCCUAUCCCCGGUGGAAGGUCGCCCUCCUCCCCUUGUCGGGUGGGUUUAACUAGCUUCCCCACUCCCCACUCCAUCCCCUUAGUUACUCUUGGUAAUUUUACAUCUGCCGAACCACUUGUUCAAGAGGCUGCCGAUAAACUCCUGACUUACCCCCACUGUAUUUACCACUACAAACAAACUGUCUCCCCCAUUACCAGUGGUGUCUAAACCCAGCACUAUGGUCCUGAAUAAAGUCAAGCCUUAAUGUGCCUUAACAAA